UUAAGUGAACAAAAAAAAGAAGAUAAAUCUUGUUGGCUAUUGUAUAAAAAGAGCAGCUCGCCUUCUAAACUGAAUCAUCUGCCUCGAGCUCCACUUCAGGGUUAUCUCUCUCUCUCGAGUUUUUAUUUGUUUCCUUCCAACAAAACACAUUGAUAGAGUGCGUGAGGAAGAAGAAAGUAGCCUCCAGCUUCUGCUCUUUUUUUCUCCACUUUUGUUUUUCUUAUUGCUAAACUAUAUAAUCGACAAGGUAAAUAUUCUGAAGAUAUUUUUUUUCCAAAAUGGGCAUGAAAAUAGCUACAACCUCAACUUUGCAUCAAUGUGUAGCUCAUCACUCCUCUUCCCUGUCUCAAACCCUAUCUUCCUCCACCGUUUCAUCUCUUUCAAAACGACGUAGCAUCGGCAACAACGGACGCUCUCUGUCCUGUGAGCUCUGGGAAUCAUCGAGACACACCAAAACUCACUUGCUUCGCAGAGCUUUUAGCACAAGCGUCGACCCCUUCUCAGAGGAGGAGUUUUCAAAAAAGAUGCAAGAGCUUUCUCUCAAGUUCCAAGUCUCCAACGAAGAGGACAACGACAUCUUUGGAAGUCAUGACUUCAGUAUAAUGGACACAAUGAAACCACCUUGGCAUGAGACGGUCCAAAUGUCAACCAUCGAGAGGAAAGCAAACAGUGUCGAACUUCCUCUCUCGCUUCGGAUUAUAAAGAGAAAGCUAAAGAUGGAGGAAGAAGUUAUCAAACAAGUCGGUGAAUCAUCAGCUGUGAAGAGAGCCUUCUCUUCUAUGGUGUUCAUGAUCCGUGAACUCCAGAGCUUCACAUUACACAUGAGAGAGCUUCUUCUCUUCGAAGAUCUCCAAGGUGUCCUCCUUCGCGUGAGGAAAGAGAUGCAUGCAUCGUUCGUUUGGUUGUUCCAACAAGUUUUCUCUACCACUCCUACGUUGAUGGUCUCUGUUAUGAUCCUCUUAGCCAACUUCACGGUUUACUCUAUCGGCACAAACUCCGCCUUAGCUGCCGUAUCUUUGAGUUUCGACACGACGGAGACCAAUGCCGGCUUAGAUAAGGGGACAUACAGUGCAACCACUCAAAACCUCUUAUUUUUUAAUAAGUCCCAUGAGAAGUUCGACUCCUCAGUGAUCAAGACAUUCUCUGUUUCUUCUCCCACCGACGGCGGCAGCGGUGGGAACAACAUCCGGCCGGUACAAAGCGGAACAGACGGCGAUGGGUCUGACAAGUUCAGAAUGUUAUCUCAGUUUUCAACUUCGGAUUCAGACGUAUCUGCGUCGGGACAAGAAGAGAUUAAACAGUGGAACUUGAUCUUGGAGGAGUCGGAGAAAAUGGAAACGUUGGAUCACGAGACGAUGAAGCAGAUGGUGUCUCCGGUGGAGGCACGAGUAGAAGCUGAAGAGUCAAUGGAUUACUUCAAGACGGAGCUUCUCUACCAAACGGGGUUGUCUCAGCAGCCUCAUAACGUUCUCCUUCUCGCUAAUUACGCUCAGUUUCUCUACCUAAUCAUUCAUGACUACGACAGAGCGGAAAAGUAUUUCAAGAGAGCGGCAAAAGCAGAGCCAACAGACGCGGAGGCGCUGAAUAAAUACGCGACGUUUCUGUGGAAAGCUAGGAACGAUAUAGGGAGAGCAGAGGAAACGUUCUUGGAAGCAAUCUCUGCUGAUCCAACCAACUCAUUUUACUCCGCUAACUACGCACAUUUUCUUUGGAACACCGGUGGUGAUGAGACGUGUUUCCCUCUAGAUGCUCCACCGCAACGGUAACACAACCUAGCUAAUAGAAAAGAGCCACAACAAUUGUCUAAAUGUACAGUGUGUUUCUUUUUUACAAAACUCAUGUCAUGUGGCAAAUCUCCUUGGAUUAAUCCAUAUCGUCACGGACAUGUCCUUUUAUCUGGACAACCAUGCGCCUGUCAGUUUCUCACCA